GACAUCGGCACAACGUUCGAUGCGACGACGAUACAUCUCAUCGAGUUGAAACAGAGGCAAACGGACCUGAAGCAUGUGAGCAGCCCAAUCAGACUUCCUUCCACAACUUCCAUUCGCAUGAGUAUCUCAGAGUCUCAGACGGCAACGUGUUGUUAUUUUUUAUUGUUGUUGUUGUUGUCGUCGUCGUCCAAAUGACGAUGGUGGGGGGUUGUGGAUAUCAGUGGUAGUGGUAAUGGCAGUGGUGGAAUUAGGAAGGAAGAAAUAGUAGCAACUGUCAAUCGUAGUAGGUAUGGAGCAGCGCACAGCUCCUAUCGAAGCUCUAACUCACGUGUAGUUGUCUGAUUGUUGAUAUUGGUGGUGAAUGAGGCUGACAGACUCAGUUCGGGUUUCCAGUGUUUCAAUUCAAUCUCAUCUUACACGGUUCAAAAAUUUCUGGAAUAGGAUGUCCAUGCCGUUUGCUCUAGAGGUAAUUGCCUAGCUACCUUUUCGAAAAGGUGAAACCGAUUUUAAGGUUUGACGUCUACGCAUGGCCUGCCGUCGAGGCCAGCACCAUGGUGAAGACGUUCCAGGCCUAUUUGCCACAAUGUCAUCGCACAUACUCCUGCAUCCAUUGCAGGGCUCAUUUAGCCAAUCACGACGAACUCAUAUCGAAGUCAUUCCAAGGAAGUCAAGGACGGGCCUAUCUAUUCAACUCUGUGGUGAAUGUAGGGUGUGGUCCAGCCGAAGAACGGGUCCUUUUAACAGGCCUUCAUGCUGUAGCAGACAUUUAUUGCGAAUGUUGUAAAACGACUCUAGGCUGGAAAUAUGAGCACGCGUUCGAAUCCAGCCAAAAGUACAAAGAAGGUAAAUUUAUCAUCGAAUUAGCUCAUAUGAUAAAAGAAAACGGAUGGGAGGACUCGGAAAAAAGAAGAUCCUACUCGUCAUAACGAUGUGGGACCGGAAGCGAACCGAGGUGACGGAUUUUUCCCGAGUCCGGAACCGUUUUUCACAUCCUGGGGCCUUACCGUCAUCACUGGCCACCAAAACGAUCGAGGGACCUUCUUGACAUCUAUGGUGCGACUCAAAAUCUGCUCAAAUAAAAAAAAAUUAUCGGCUUAUCGUACUU